UCGUCUGUUGGAGCGUUUCAACAAAGUUUAACCUGAUCUAACCUCGUUGUCGCAUCGUUGAGUGUAGUACUGUGUCAAAAGUAAAGAAAAGAAAGGAAACAACUGCAACAUCGAAAAUCAAGAAGAAAAAAACAAGUAAAUUCUGAAAUGUCCGAAUACGAGAAAGUAAGAACUGGAAAGUUAAUAUUGAAAGGUGAAAAACAAUUAAGGUCAAAGAAACGAAAGUCCAAAAGACAAGACAAAGAACAGGAUAUAACUAUAGAGGAUAAAGAUACUAUUACUCAUGGAGGAUGGUGGAAAGUUAAGAAUAUAUCAGAGAUUACGGGAACAGUAGCUAUUGAAUUUGGCAAUCAUACUUAUAUGAAAGCUUUGGAUAAUGGCUUAUUUACUCUUGGUAUUCCACAUAAAGAAGGAGAAGGUCCGUCACCUGAAGAAAUUUUGACGGCACUGCCUAUAAGUGAAAGCAAAAUUGCUUUAAAGUCAGGAUAUGGCAAAUAUCUUGGUGUUGACAAAAAAGGUGUUGUUAUUGGACGGUGUGAUGCUGUAGGAUCUAUUGAACAAUGGGAACCGAUAUUCCAAGACGAUAAACUUGCUAUAUUAAGUAGUACAGGAUGUUUCAUGGGUCUUACAAGUGAUGAUGACGUAAUUUGCCAAAAUAGAACAGCUGGUCCAUCGGAGUUUGUCAUUGUAAGAAAUAUAAGACAACGUUCUCAAAGUCCAAACAAAGAUAUUCCAAAAGAAGAACAAGGUUCCCUUACAGAAGUUGAAAUAAAUUACGUACGAAAGUUUCAAAAAUUUCAAGAUAAAAAAUUGAGACUAAAUAAGUCUGAUCGAUCUGAAUUGGAAACAGCAAAAAUAGAAGGAAAUUUACACGAAACUCUGCUGGAUAGAAGAAGCAAAAUGAAAGCUGACCGUUAUUGUAAAUAAAUUCAGUUUUGAUUA